AUGGCCUUCCGCCAGCCCACCUACCACGCUCCGCAACGCAUCUAUACCCCUCCCUCCGUCGAUACACAAGCACAAGCACAAGCGCACCCCACCAUCCAACCUGCCACACAGCCUCAAAACCUCGCCGACUCCCAAGAAUGGAUCCUCUUCUCCCCGGCCGCGGAAUCGACAACCGACCGCACGUACACGACCUCCACUACACGAACUCGAACCGCUGGCAGGAGCAGAAUAAGUGAUUUCGGGAGCUUGGAUACUGCGGCGAGAAGCUAUGGGUAUGAUGAAGAUGGGGAGGAGGCCAUAGAGGAGGAGGAAGAGGAUGGCGAGUUGGAUAGUCUGGAUAGUCAUCUGCAUGAGUUUAGGGAGCCGAGUUUGUAUAGACAAGCGGAGGCUAGUGGCACUGUUUUGCCGACUCAUGAUGGCCUCGGGAGUUUUAGGCUCGAUCAGAUGGGCAUGGGAGAGGAGGUGCAGGAGCAUUUGUAUGCGUUUGAGAGGUUUAAUCCCAGGAGGGUGAAGAGGAGACGAGAGAGUGUUGACUUGGGGAUGCUGGAGCUGGAGAGUGAGAGGGCCGCGGAGGCGGAGAGGACGAGGAGGAUUGAGACGUGGAGGAUGGAACAGAGUCGGUUGUUGGUGGACGAGAUACAGAGGGAGACGAGGAGAAGGAAACAAUCGAUGUCUACUCAGAGAGAAAGCAUCCUUGCGGAUAGGGAGCAGGAGGAUGUUGCUACAUUGAGUAAUGUGGAUUUUGGCUCUGAGCAGGAUGAAGUUCCUGGUGAUGAGAACGAGAGCUUCUGGAACAGGAUCACUAGGAGGGUCAUUCGAGAUCUGAUGGGUAUCGACGAUGACCUACUGUCAAUAAUCUUCGGCGAAGCUCUUCCCCAAGCAGACGACCUCUCAACUACUCCGCCGGUGGAAGAAGCCGGCAGCAUCAUUGCUGCCAACCGCUACGACCAAUCUUCAUGGGAGUUCCGAGUCCUCGAACGAAUAGCCCGCGAGGUUGGGAUCCUCGUAAACCAGAUAUCGGACCACCCAGGUGCCUUCUCGACAUACCUACACUCCCAACAGACGCCCCUCCCUUACGCCGGCCUUCCCGUCAUCCCAGAGACAGCAAGAGAUGUCCCAACUACCACCAACCCAGAAGAGUCAACAUUUACUUCCACGACAGGCCCUCAAUUUCUCCCAACCCUCCAAACCACUCAACCGGUAUCAAUCCCCAUCCCAACACCAACAACCUCUCUCGCCUCACCUCUUCCCCUCGAAGAUCCAGACUCCACACCCCGCCCUCCAAAUCCCCUUUCUCAACCCCUAACCCGCGAAGAGUGGGAGCGCGACCUCGACCUAAAAAUGGUUUUCCGCUACCUCCGUUCCCGCUUCGUCUCUAAAUUCCGCUCCUCGCCUCCCACAGAUUUAGGCUUCACAGCAGGAAUAGGAGGAACAAGCCACCUCGCAACAGCAAGCACAGCCGACACCGCCGCCCGCGCAGCAAGAGUAAGGCAACAUCAUCCGCUCGUCACGAGGCAAAAAUCCAAUACAGAGAGGGAUCGGAGGAGGAGUAUUGAGAGGUGGACGUGGAAACCCAGUAUUCCUACUGGCGGAAGUGCAUCGGGAAUUGCAGGCGGGGGGCUGAUGGGCCAUGUGAGGAGAGGGAGCAGUAGUUGCGCUAGUGAGAGGUUGAGUGCCAAGGGGCUGGGAAAGAGGAGUGGGAGUUCGAGGCAUUAUUGGGAUUUUGGGGGGCAGAGUGUGGGGAGUGGGAGUUUGGUCGCGGGCGUGGGGGGCAUGGGGAGUUGGGGCGAGGUAUGA